CAGGAGACAGCGUGCAGCUCAUUUGCCUACAUUUGCAGCUGCCGCCUGCUGCUCUCUAUAGGCACUGGGGCAGAGCCUCCCGCGGUUGAUCAGAUACUGACCGGUCUGGCAAGUCCCGGCCACCGCCAUGAACUACCCCAUGACCCUGGAUGUGGACCUCUUGAACUACAAUCUGGAGGACGUGUACAAGGAAUUCCUCAACUACAAUGACAGCACGGAGCCCACGCAACUGGAAAGCCACUUCUGCUCCAGCGCCGAGGGGCCCCUCCUGAGCUCCUUCAAGGCUGUGUUCAUGCCCGUGGCCUACAGUCUCAUCUUCCUCCUGGGCAUGCUGGGCAACAUCCUUGUGCUGGUGAUCCUGGAGAGGCACCGGCAGACUCGCAGCUCCACCGAGACCUUCCUCUUCCACCUGGCCGUGGCCGACCUGCUGCUCGUCUUCAUCCUGCCCUUCGCCGUGGCCGAGGGCUCCGUGGGCUGGGUCCUGGGGACCUUCCUCUGCAAAACGGUGAUCGCUCUGCACAAGAUCAACUUCUACUGCAGCAGCCUGCUCCUGGCCUGCAUCGCUGUCGACCGCUACCUGGCCAUCGUCCACGCCGUGCAUGCCUACCGCCACCGCCGCCUCCUCUCCAUCCACAUCACCUGCGCCACUGUCUGGCUGGCGGGCUUCCUCUUUGCCUUGCCAGAGAUUCUCUUCGCCAAGGUCAGCCGGCCCCACCACAACGACUCCCUGCCACGCUGCACCUUCUCCCAGGAGAACCAAGCCGAGACCAACGCCUGGUUCAUCUCCCGCUUCCUCUACCACGUCGGGGGCUUCCUGCUGCCGAUGCUGGUGAUGGGCUGGUGCUACGUGGGCGUGGUGCACAGGCUGUGCCAGGCCCAGAGGCGCCCUCAGCGGCAGAAGGCAGUCAGGGUGGCCAUCCUGGUGACCAGCAUCUUCUUCCUCUGCUGGUCGCCCUACCACGUUGUCAUCUUCCUGGACACCCUGGCCAGGCUGAAGGCCGUGGGCAACAGCUGCGAGCUGCACGGCUCUCUGCCGGUGGCCAUCACCAUGUGCGAGUUCCUGGGCCUGGCCCACUGCUGCCUCAACCCCAUGCUUUACACCUUUGCCGGCGUGAAGUUCCGCAGCGACCUCUCUCGGCUUCUGACCAAGCUGGGCUGCGCCGGCCCCGCCUCCCUGUGCCAGCUCUUCCCCAGCUGGCGCAAGAGCAGCCUCUCCGAGUCCGAGAACGCCACCUCCCUCACCACCUUCUAGGACCCGGCACGGCCCUGCGUUUCUGCUUUCCCUAGAGCGUCUGGGGAGGCAGGAACCCCUUCCACCCGGAAGAAAGGGCUGGCCUUGGGCCGCAUCCUUGUGCAGGGCAGCUGGAUGAACCAACCCCUCUUCCCAGAGCUCUUCUAGCCCUGGAGAGGAGGAAGGAAGCAGUCCAAAGGCAAAGCAAAGGCUCUCUGAACCCUCCCACAGCGUCUCGUGCUGGAGGACCCGCAUGCCUCCUCUCCCCCUAACCAGCGACAGCUGAUACUUCUGCCCUCGCCAAUAGGGAAAGCCAGUCCCCUCCCACAGAGCCAUCCAGCAUCUUCAAGGCCACUGCCCUGCACAGCUGCCCACCUCCCCUACCCCAGCUGCCCAGCGAAGCCAGGAGAAGCCAAGCACCAGGGGAUGGGUGGAAGCUAAGGCUGCGGAAAGACCAGCUGCUCGCAGAGCGUGUGGCCCUGACAUGUCUCAGUCGCUUCGCCACAGAUGUUCUGCCAGGGUCCCCACCCUGCAGCCAUCUCAACCAAGCAGGAGGCUCAGACUGAUGGAGUUCGGGCAGCUGCCCUGGCUCUGACCCAAACGGCACUGGGUCAGCCCCGUGUCUCUGGGUCCUGGGAGGUCUUCAGACUUUGGGUGGACUCCAGGUGGCCUCAGAGGCCAGCCAGCGCCCCGAGGAAGAGCUAAGGGCAAGCUAGGAGCGGAGCCCAAGGUGCGACAGGAAAGACUCCCCUCUAACCGGGAAGAGGGAAGGACAAGUGUAAGUCAGACCCAGCUGCCUCCUCCGCCAAGCACCAGUGGGUGCGGAGCUCCCAGCGUGGUCCAGGGCCUGGAUGUCUGGACACUGAUGGGAAGGAGAUAGACUCGUCCCCUCCUUGGCACCCUUCCCAUGGAAAUUACAGAAGCUGAGGCAGGGGGGUGGGGGGGUGGGUCCCAGCUCGCAUGUUGGAGACGGAGAGCCCCUGGAGCAGACAGACAGAGAGGGGCCUCUGGGAGCCACCUGACCCAGGCCCCCGCCCCCACAGUAUCACCUGAGGCUGAGCAGCGUGAGAAGCAGACCUGGGCAGGGAAGUCCCCAGUCCCCAGGAAGCCCUGUCCCCAAGAGGACACCACUCAGAUGCAACCAGAGGAAGCGACUCCGCGCUUGGGGGCACUCCACACUCAGGGCGGGGGUGGGGGCACCUGUGCGGCCUUCUGUCCUCCCCCUCCCCAGCCUCUGACUGUGGGUGAGAGCCCAGGGUCCCCUACAGCAGGCCUGGGGCCCUGUGCCUGCAUAUCCGGGAAGCCCUGGAGUCCCCCUUUUUCCUCCUUGCAUCUAGAAGGAAGCUGGCUAAGGAGGAGUCAGACACAGAAGGAAAAGGCAAGAGGUUGGAUUUUGAAUUUUCUUUUUAAUAAAAAGGCACCUAUAAAACAGGUCAAUACAGUACAGGCAGCACAGAGACCCCCAGAACAAGCCUAAAAAUUGUUUCAAAAUAAAAACCAAGAGGAUGUCUUCACAUAUUGUAUUUAUA